UUGUUACUGGGCCGCGCUCAGCCUGUCAUUCCGCCUAAUCUCCAUGUUUAUAAACAUGAUAUCCUGAGGUCUCCAGAUGAUGAGCAAAGAGAAACGUUUCUUCUGCAAAACACGAUCAACAAAAUGACCACUGGCGUUCAACCUAAGAAUUGUGUCAAAUGUUGUCUUCCUGAUCGACUUAAUGAUUUUAAUGUUAAUAUUCCAGUCGAUUUCUUUGACACCCCAGAAGAUUUCUUUCAGUUCCUUGCUCGUGGAUCAUAUGGAAAGGUGUACAAGCAUCAGGACAGCAUUGGAAGAGAGACAGUUGCCAUUAAGGUGCCAUUCAAAAAUAAUGCAACUUUAUUUUUAGAGGAGAUAGAGAAACACAAGACUUUCGCACAUCCUCACAUUGUUCACUAUAUAAUGGCCCAUAAAUGCAUAAACACUGAUAAGUAUCACAUUAUCAUGGAAUAUAUGGAAAAUUCAUCACUUGAAACGAAACUGUCGACCAUAACACGUGAUGUGAAUUCAAGAACCAUUCCUGUCCUUAGAACUGUUAGUUCAUUAAAAUACAUUGAGCAUAUACUUAAAGCGUUGGUGUAUUUACAUAAUGAAAUGAAAUUUAUACACAGAGAUUUAAGAGCUGCCAAUGUGCUCCUUGAUGCUAACGACGUAGCAAAACUGGCUGACUUUGGGAUAACAAAGUGUGUUUCUGAAACAUCAAGUUUACGCAAUACUGAUGCACCCUCCAGCAAAGUUGGAAAUUACCUGUGGUGUGGUCCAGAGAUUCUUCUAGAUAAAAAAGAACACAAAGGAUUUAAUGAGGAUAUCUGGAGCCUUGGGAUUGUUAUCUUGGAAAUGGUAUUUCAUCAACCUGACUUUUUUGGAGCAUAUGGGUUGUGGUCUCAACAAGCAGAUUUUAUAAAGGUUCAUAAAAGUGGUGGUUUCAGGCAAGAGGUGCUGGAGCCACUCCUUACACAGAUAAGUAGUCGUGACAUCAGAACCCUGCUGAAAGAGUGUCUGAUAGAUAAUGUACCAGAUCGGAAAACUUCGUCUGAGCUUCUUCAACUUGUAGAGAAGAUAAGAGUACAACGAAGAUCAAGCUCACCUGUGUUACCAUAUAAUUAGAAGAGAAAAAGAAAGUGAUUAAUCUUGUGAUCCCUAUACGGCUUAUAGAGGUGUAUUUUGGUGGGAGGUGGGUUAUAUCUUAUAAUCAUGUGACAGUUAUAUUGGGGGGUUUUAUUGGUGAUGCUGAUCAGGUAUUACUGUCACAUGUCAUAAAAGUAAUGCCUCACCUUCCCAUCCGAAUCUAUAUCUAUUGCUAGUGACUUCUAUUCUUUAGCAUGUGACAUCACUUUAAAGUUUAUAAUCUAUUUAUAAUUUCCAUACUUAACUAUUUUGGGUAGAACUUGCAAACCAAACUUAGAUCGGUUGCAGUUGUUUUUUUGGGUUGCAACUUCACAUCGUUCAAAUAAGUUGAUCAGUUUUGUUUUUAAUGUGCAUAAUAUGACUAUCAGUCGGCACAAUUUU